CGUGAAUUCAUCUCCUUGUUUUGUUCCUGCAACAAACAACGACGAAGCUGCACAUCCUGCAAUAACGGUGUCGUUUAAAGGAAAGGAAGGGUAUGGUCGGUUCAUCUCCUUGUGCGUCUUGCAGGCUAUUGAGGCGCCGCUGCACCAAGGACUGUGUAUUUGCCCCUUACUUCCCUUCCAAUGAGCCUUGCAAGUUCGCCAUUGUUCAUAAGGUCUUUGGAGCUAGCAAUGUCAGCAAAAUGUUGCAGGCAAUCCCAGCUCAUCAGAGAGAAGACGCUGCGAGAAGUUUAGUAUACGAAGCUAAUGCAAGAGUUAAAGAUCCAGUGUAUGGAUGUGUUGGUGCAAUAUCUAUCUUGCAAAAUCAAGUAUCGCAGUUACAAAUGCAGCUUUCAGAAGCUAGAGCUGAGAUACUAUGCAUCCAGAUGCUGGAAAAACCCACCAUACCAAACCAUCUUAACCAUGAUGUGAAGUCCUCAUCAGUUUAUCCAGCCACCAAUUUUAACACGUUUCCCCAAUCCCACUGUUUUAACUUUGAAUCUCCUAGCAAUGUAAUAAUUCAAGACCCUCUUAAGAGUGAGUCUCUUUGGACUUAAAUUAAGUAAAGUAAUUUUCUUAAUGA